AUGGCAGACCUGAAGCAGAAAAGAGAUGUCGUCUCGUCGCUCAUCUUCAAGUUCCCAGAUGAGGAGUCCUCCAAACCCAAAGUAGCUCUGUUUCGCCGCAGCGAUAAAGUAAGAACGUAUCCCCACCACCUCGCCCCCAUCUCCGGUAACAUCGACUCAACCGACAAAGACCCCCUCACAGCCGCCUGGCGCGAGCUCCACGAAGAGACCACUCUCACACCCACAAACCUAACCCUCUGGCGCGUCGGCAAACCAUUCACUUUCAGCGACCCCACCCUCAACCGCGAAUGGACCGUCCACCCCUUCGCCUUCAAACUCAAACCCGCAAGCCAGGGCGGCCAAGGCGAGGCAGCCAUCCAGACAGAAUGGGAGCACGAAAGCUGGGAAUGGCACGAUCCGGCCUCCAUCGUCGACGACGAGGCCUUCGGCGGCGUGCCGCGUCUCCACGAGACGCUCCGCCGAGUCUUCCCCGAGUGCGAGAUGGAUGAGCGCGCGGGGGAGACCCUAGCGAGGGGACUGGAAAGGUUGCAGCAGGACCAUAAGAGCGGGGCGCACGAGCUGACGGGUAUCGCGCUGGCGAUCUUCCGGGAGAUCAUCGCGCAGACGCACGAGAUAGACGAGGGGUGGUGGAGGACGGUGCGCAUGGCCGCGUGGCAUCUAAUCAAGAACGGCCGGGAGAGCAUGGGCGCCGCGACGCUCAACGCGCUGCUCUCAAUCCUCGCAACCCUAGACAAGAUCGUGAAUCAGCCGACAGGCGCAGAGCAGGAUCAGAAACCAGACUGGAUACUCUCCACCAUCGACUCGCAUCUCGCCAAUCGGACAGCUAACACCACCCGCCUCAAAGACGCAUUCACAUCCUACAUCCAAACCACGUUUCUGACGACAGAACCAAAACGAGGCAGAAUCACCAUGCUCACCUUAUCCGCCAGCUCCACGACGCGAAACAUCAUCCUCGACGCCUUCGCCGCGCUAGACAUCCCCACGCUCGAACUACGGAUCCUCGAAUCCAGACCGCUCUUCGAAGGCGCUACACUCGCCUCCUCCAUCUACUCCCGCUUCCAGUCUCAGUUCGGCUCGACGGACAAGAAACUCGAUAUCAAGAUUUACACGGAUGCAGCGGCUGCGUUGGCCGCACAGGACAUCGAUAUCGUCCUCCUCGGUGCGGACCGCAUCUGUUCGUCCAAGGGCGUAAGUAACAAAACAGGGUCAUUGCCUGUCGUGCUCAGCACGAAGCAUGUCACGCCAAGCGCGAAGAUCCUUGUUCUCAGUCAGCUGGAAAAGGUGGUUGGGGACGACGGGAUACUGGAAGAUAAAGUUGAAGAUAACGACCCCGACGAGGUAUUUAGUGCGUGGCGCAAUGAGCGGGUCGAGGGUACACAGGUGCUCGAAGAUAGUUUCAGUGGUUCCGAGACAAACAGGGACGAGCCGGCAACUAUCCAAGUCAAAAAUACCUAUUUUGAAUGGGUUCCGUUGACGUUGGUGGACGCCUUUGUGAGUGAUGAAGGGGUUCUCGACGAGGCAACAAUCAAAAACAAGUCACAGCAGCUAGGAAAGCUGGCAUGCAAAUACUUUGAUGACUUAUGA